AGGAGCGCGUUGCAGACCGGCGUCAACUCUUGGAGUUCUCCCUCUCGGUCUCUCAUGCUCAUCUCUCUCAGCCCUCCCAAAUCUCGUCUUUCCCCAGCCCAUAUCCGUUGUCUCUUCCCAGCCUCCAUCCCCUAUAAGCCCUUCUCCUCCUCCUCUUCUUCUCCCACUCCAACCACAGCCCCAACUCCCAGCCCCGACGAAGACCUCGCCGGCCUCAUCCUCCAACAGAAUAACCCCUCCGCCGCCCUCCGCAUCUUCCGAUGGGCCGCCCGUAUCCCCUCCUCCCCCGCCGCCUCCCUCGCCGCCUCCACCGCCAUCCUCCGCUCCUUCCUCUCCUCCGAUCGCCCCGCCGCCGCCCUUCGCCUCCUCCCCGCCCUCCCCUCCCCUCCUGACGACUCCACCCUGGUCUCCCUCAUCCGUGCCCUCUCCCGCGCAGGCAACCCCAGAGCCGCCUUCCGCGUCCCCGACCUCCUCCACCCUCACCGUCCCCCCUCCCUCCGCCUCCUCAACUCCGUCCUCGACGCCCUCGUCCAGCACGACAUCGACCUCGCCCGCGACUUCUUCCGCCGAAAAAUGGCGGCUUUCGGCGUCCGCGGCGACGAGCGUACCUUUGGCAUCCUGAUGAAGGGCCUCUGCCGCACGAAUCGGAUCGCCGAGGCGUUUAAGCUCUUAAAACUCAUGAAAGGCAGCGGCUUGACGCCAAACCCGGUGAUCUACAACACUUUGAUCCAUGCCCUGUGCCGAAAUGGGAAGGUGGGGAGGGCGAGGAGCUUGAUGGGCGAAAUGAAUACCCCGAGCGACGUUACCUUCAACAUUCUGAUCUCAGCCUACUGCGGGGAGGGCAAUGUGGUUCAGGCCUUGGUGAUGCUGGAGAAAAGUUUCGAUCUUGGCUUCAUUCCGGAUGCCAUUUCAGUCACCAAAAUAGUAGAGCUUCUCUGCAACCACAGCCGGGCUAUGGAGGCAGUGGAGCUUUUGGAAAGAGUCGAGAAUAAGGGCGGUGCGGUCGAUACUGUGGCUUAUACCACUCUGAUUAAAGGGUUUUGUGGGAUGCAAAAGCCGCAGGUGGGGCGGCGCGUGUUGAAGGAGAUGGAAAGUAAAGGAGUUCUUCCCAAUGUGCACACCUACAAUGCCUUGAUCUCUGGGUUCUGCAAUUCGGGGAAGCUUGACUUGGCUAUGGAGGUCUUUGAAGAGAUGAGGAUAGAUGGCAUCAGUCCAAAUUUUGAAACUUUCGAUGCUUUGAUUCGAGGAUUAUGCUCAGGAGGGAGGGUCGCAGAUGGGUUGAAGGUUGCGAGCUUGAUGGAAGAAGAGAGAGGAGGACAUGGAGACAGAAUUAGUCCUUAUAAUAGUGUUUUAUAUGGGCUUUACAAGGAAGGCAGACUGGAAGAAGCCUUCGUGUUUCUUAACAGGAUGGCGUGCUCUUUUCCUAGGGCUGUUGACAGAAGCUUGAGGAUAUUGAGAUUCUGCCAGGAGAAUAAGGUUGGGGAGGCCAAGAUGGUUUAUGAUCAGAUGGUUGGGGAAGGUGACAUUCCAAGUGUGCUGAUUUAUGAAAGCUUAAUUGAAGGCUUGUGCAAGGAAGGGAAUGUUCGUGAAGCAUUUGAUUUGAUGAAUUUGAUGGUGGAGAAGGAUCUUUUCCCCGCGGUUUCGGCAUUCAAUGCAUUGAUUCAUGGCUUUUGCAGGGAAGGGAAAUUUAGAAGUGCCUCGAAGCUACUUGACGAGAUGGUUAAGAGGGGUUGCAAUCCUAAUGCCGAUAGUUAUGGUUCUUUGAUUUGUGGUCUUUGCAAGCAAGGCGAUUUGGACAAAGCAUUUGGUUUCUUGGUGCAAAUGGUGGAGGCAGAUCUCAUUCCUGAUCAGGACACAUGGAACUCCUUGCUAAUGAGUAAACAACCAUGCUUGAAAUGUGAAAAUGGAAAUCAAAUUAAUGAUGUUUUAUGCAGUUCUAGAGAAGAUUGAGUUGCUGAAAUUAUUAAAGAGCAUUCAUCAUCAAUUGAUCUAAGAGGGGCAUAAUUAUCUGAUAAGCUUGCUUGGAGUUGUAGGCCUUUCAUUGGUGCUUGAACUGAGCUAUGUCUUGUUGCAGAGGCCAGCAUUGGUGUGGAAUGGGUAAUGAAGAGUUGUAAUAGAUUUAGAUGGUUUCACAUCUUCCUGGGACCGGCUGACGGGCUGCCGCUAUUUUGCUUUAGAUGAUCGGCAUGGCAUGAUCUGCUUGUAGUUAAAAGAAUGACAAUGGAUGGUAUAAUACAAAUUUUUGAGACAUUUAAAUGCAAUUUUGGUUUUCAUCUUGUGGAACAGUUCAAGGUAAAGAAGAACAUAGAGGGGGCACAAGGACAUGAUCAGUCCUUAAAAAUAAUAUUUUGUAUGGAUUCUCCACGAGGGCAAAUUGGAAGAUGGCUUAUGAGUUUUGUUACAUGAUGGGAAGCUUUUGGUUGGAGCUCUUAGCAAAUGCUUGACUAUGUUGCAAUCUUGCCUAGAAGAAGUUAUAGGGAAGUUAUGUUGGUUUAUGAUCAGAUGAAUAAAUUAUCUGGAAGGUCUUUGAAGCGCCCUUCUAUAUGUUAGUUUGAUCACACUAAACUGAAAACAGUUGUGCAAAGAAGACAUGAAAAGCUAGCAGCAUUUGCUUAUCUGCAUCAAUUGUUCAGACAAAUUAUUUUCCUGCAAUCUGAACAUCUGAUGUUUUGAUUCACCUUUUUUUAGCAAACAUGACAAGUACAAAAAUGCUUCGAGUCUGCUGUGACGAAAUAGGAUGCACUGUUCUCCUAACCCUGAUUUUUGAAAAGAAAGACAGGCAAAGCCCAUCAAAAUCCCAUAAAGACUGUAAAAUAUAGUGAAGACAGGAUUUGAGCAUACACCACAAGGCUUUACCACCAUAACAAGAUGACAUCCCUGUUCUUCUACCACUGGUAGUCCUAGCCCUUUAGCAGUGAUUUGUUAGGCAGGGUUCUGAAUUACUUUGGGUGUUCCUCAUGGGUGUCCUUAUUACAUGGUGUUAUGAGAUGCUUUCUGGGAUCAUUUUGUACCUUGAGUCCUUGAUUCAAAGUGAGUAUGGAUGGAAAGCACUUAG